AUGCCGAUUGCUGUUUUUCCUCAGCGUGUUCCUUCGGAAUUGCUCAACUCCAUCCUCGAUGACCUCGAGAGCAAGUCAGAUCUGCUGGCCCUGCGUACGACGUGCAAGGUCCUCCACGGUGUCACCACACCUCGCUCAUUUCGGGUCCUAGAUAUCUCGAGGAAGAAGGGAGGCGCGGAUGCCGCGAUCUCUAUUUUUGGCGUCUCGGAGCUGGCGCAAUACGUUGAAGAAAUCAUUCUCCAAGCCAGUCAUGGCGAGUAUCUUAUCGACGCCACGAGUGAUGGGGGCCGGAGCAAUUUUGCCGAGGCACCAACAUCGCAAGAAGAGGAAGGAGACACGGUAGAAGACACGGCGUCGAUCUUUGGUCAUCUCAGCAAGCUGCCUAACCUUCGGAGCCUGCGCCUCCUGUUCCCCAAUCAGUAUGAGGAUGCGGAGGAAUACAACGAAGACGAAGUACCCGAGUCGGAGGCGCGUAAAUUACAGCUUGAGAUAAUCCAAGCCGUAGCCACCGUUACCCCAGUUCCCUCGCUCAAGAAUUUUGAAAUCUACAACCUGGUCUGCCUCCCGAUCGAAAUCAACAACUCGCCGGGUUUCAAAAAUUUCCUCAAGGGCCUCGAAUCGGUUUACGUGCAAGUAGUCUUAACCUCAGAAGAGAGCUUUUACUACUACGAGCGGCUGUUGGAUUUCUAUGAGCGCGACAUUCCAGUUUUCGCCCAAGCGCCGCAAGAGACCCUCACAUCCUUGACUCUGAGCAGCAACGUCCUCAACCCUGGCCCCGUCCUAGAGUCUUUCUGGAAGGAGACCACUAUGCCCAAUCUGCACGACCUACACUUUGUGCGGUUCGCGUUCCAUCACAAUAUCAUGAACCCCGCUCCGGUAGACCCGACCUGCUUGGAGUGGCUGGUCCUUCGUCACGCAGCGACCCUGCAGAGCCUCAAGUUCACCGGCUGCACGAUUGACAUGGGUCAGACAGUUCAGGGGACGUGGAAUGUACGAUCAUGGAAUCAGGUCCUGAAAGCUUUCCGGGAAAAGCUUACAGGCUUGAAGGAAUUUAUUUUAGACCCGCUUCCGGGGAGGAACGAGGCGGACCCAGAGGAAUACAACGGCUACUCGUGGUUGCUCAUUGAGAGCGGAUACAUACAAUUAUUCGAUGUGGAUGAUGACAGGUUACCGCCUCUAGACGCUGACCUUGCAGCUUAUGAAGAAUUGCAGCAGAAUAUCAGGAAAAGACUUGCAGUGGCGGCGUAG